CCGACACUGUCGCCAGUCUCAGCAACAAGGAGCCAGCAGAAGCCCAUCUUGUCGCCUUCCAGGUCAGAGCUUGCUGUGUGGUCUGCAUGUAAGAGUGUAAUAAAUGAUGAUGGUGAUGUAACGAUCAGUGAGGUCAUAGUGGAUGUAAUUUAACUGUCUCACACUUUGAUCUACAGGCUGAGGUUGAAAAGAGGGAGCAGAUGCUGGAUGUCUUGCAGGAGAGAGUGGCAGAACUGAAGGAGCGAGCCAAACUGCAGGAAACACCGAUACAAAUGCAGGUCCUGGAGUCCGAUCUGAGGAAGAAAAUGUUCCACGCACAAGAGGUGUACAAUCAGGCCAAACACACUCUGACCUACUUCAGCUUCCAGAAGCAGAGACUGGAGGACCUCAUGUCUCAGAUGACAGAGCGGCUGGAGGCAGUUGAGGGUUCCUUAUCAGACCUCACUGAAGCUACUUCCCUUGAAGACAUUUGUACAGUUAAGGACCUUCAGACUGUUGUGCAACAACAGAGGGCAGACAUGGACUCGGCUAGAGAUGCCCUCAACUCCCUGUGCAGAUCCCAUCCUUCUCAGGAGUUGUCACGCCUCUCCUCUGAUCUUACCUCCAUUGCAAAGCGAACAGAGACUGUUGCCCAAAGCUGUGCAAAGACUAGGGGCAACCUGCAAGAUGGGCUACAGCUGCAUUUCAACGCAGAGCUCGUCCAAGACUUCAAGUCCUGGCUUAUAGAGCUGAAGCUGAACCUGAAAGACUGUUUUAACCAAUCAGGAGAUGUUGCCCAGCUCGAAGCCAAGUUGCAAAGACUUAAGGUGUCAGUUGAGCAGACAUCAGAGGGUGAGAAGCGUCUUUCUCAGAUUUGUGAGGAGUCUAAAAAGCUUCAGCUUCAUCUGAGCAAAGCUGGAGCAACACAGGUCCAAGAGAAUCUCUCCUUCUGUCAGAGAGAGUGGAAAAACUACCUGGACAGCUGCUCUCAGAGCAAACAAGACUUGCAAGAGAGCAUUGACCUCCUAAAAAAUUUUAAUGACUCUGUGGAGGGUAUCAGAGACUGGCUGAAGCAGAUGGAUCACCACCUUAAGAAUGAGUCUGCUCUUGGGGCAGAGAGCCAGCAAGGAUCCCCAGACAUCACAGAAGAGCUGGAGAGAAUGGAAAACCUUAAUAAGGAUCUGUUAGCACGAAGGUUUGCUUACAUGGGUGCUUGA